AACAUAAUGGAUAUGCUGGGACACUUACAAUGGACCUCAAUAGGCUAUUGAAGGUCUUCCCGGGCAUAGCGUUAACAUGGGUUUGCUUCCUGGUAGCAACGUGCUGUGUUAAGCUGACCGAUGCGAGGAUAGGCUACUUCUGGCACAUAACAGAUUUACAUCUCGAUACGUACUACACUACCAAGGGUGAUAUCUUUCGCAGUUGCUGGCUUAACGAACAUCACUCGAACACGGCCAGCGCCAAACGACCGGGACUGUACGGAGAUUACAUGUGCGACAGCCCAUGGAGCCUGCUGGAAUCCGCCACGCAAGCCAUGAAGUCCAAGCAAGGUGAUAACGUCGAGUUUGUCCUGUGGACUGGCGACGGUCUUUCCCAUUCUGCCAAGCGAAUGCACGAAACCAAGCGGUUGGACGUGCUGCGUAACAUUACGGAGCUGAUGAGCCGAACGUUUCCGUCACAGUUUGUGUUUCCGGUGCUCGGCCAUGAGGAUGGUAGUGCCAACUUCGAGCAGCUCGGCGAUCUCUGGCGCCACUGGUUACCGCUGGAGGCGUUGCAAACGUUUGAAAAAGGUGGUUACUACACCAUCGAACAGACAAAGAGCCGGCUAAGAAUAAUAGCUUUAAACACGAACUACAUGCGACACGACGCAAAGUACUCGCAAUCGCAUUCGUCGGCGGUGAAUGCAUUAUCGGGAUCAAGCAGCCACGAGUCGGAGAAGCAGUGGGAGUGGCUGGAGGAGGUUCUAGCAAAGUCGAGUAGAAAUAAGGAAACUGUAUAUAUCGUAGGACACAUACCACCGGGCUCGGACGAGCGCCACAUUGGCCACACGAUCCCGUUCGGGCAUUCCAGCUUCACCGAGAAGAACAACGUGCGCUACCUGCGGCUGGUGAAGCGAUACUCAUCGAUCAUUCAGGGACAGUUCUUUGGACACCUCCAUUCGGACUCGUUCCGAGUGGUUUAUAACGAAGUUGGCAAACCCGUCUCCUGGAUGAUGAUCGCACCAUCGAUAAGCCCACGGAGAAGCAGCGAGUCCAACAAUCCCGCCAUGCGGCUGUACAAAUUCGACACCGAUACAGGGCAGGUCUUAGACUACACGCAGUACUAUCUAGAUUUAGAGUCGGCGAACAAGCUGGAGGAAGCCGUGUGGCAGCCUGAGUACAACCUUACCACCUACUACUACGGUCUGAGCGAGGUGUCAUCGUUGGCCCUCCACAAUUUGGCCGAUCGCUUCAACAACGCGGACGAUGCGCAGUUCAUGAAGUACUACCGGGCGAAUUCCGUGCGCCACGCUACCAGCACCUGCGAAGGUGUCUGCCUGCUCAACCACUACUGUGCCAUUACCAGGCUGGACUAUCGCGAGUUUCGCAGCUGCCUGGAAACGGCGGCCAAAGCGAUGGCAUCGAAAAACGGCAGCCCAGCUGGACCGUUUGUAUCGGCCUUCGCCUUCCAUCGAUUGCUCAUGGCCGUUCUGCCGGCCCUGCUGAUGAUUAUGCUCGUGUGGAGCAGCUCUGUGUCGAUGGAAGUGGUCCAGCAUGCAUUCGGCAGUGUGUACGAAGUCGUGCCUCGCUCAACCGCCUGUAUCGCUUUGUGCGGGCACACUGCAGUAGGAUGGUUGAUGGCGAUUGGUCACGGCAUCAGAAUGGUACCAUCCGUGUGGGCCGGCUGCAAAGCUUCAUCUCUACUGUUAGUAAGUGCAUUUCUCUGUUUUUUCGUGUGUAUGUCUCAGCGUCAUGAGGGAGAGAGUGUUUCAAGUAGAAUGAAACGUAAAUUAAGAGCUUCUUUAAACCCGACAAGGGUUGAUUGCGCGAGUAAAGGUGCCGUACGCGCGGGAGGCUUAACUUAAGUUGUUUAUCGCAUUGGGUUUUCUUGAGCACUUUAAUUUCAUGUUAUAUCAAUUCUUUGUUUUAUCACUUCAGUGAAUAUGAUCCUGUUAGGAGGAAUACAGAUGCGUGUUACAUUAUAGCAGAAGCGAAAGUCUAGUAAAAAGAAAACAAAUGAAUGUGAUACAUAAUAAAACAGAGAGAAACAUAACAAAGGUCGCGUAUUGCAGUAAUCGUAAAAGCCAAAUUCAAUUGUUUGGCUUUGAAAUAUGUUGAAUGGGAAAAUUUACAACAAGCUUAGCUAAAAUGUUUUAUUGCGAAUUCGGCCGUCGCUCACAAGUCGCACCCACGAUGAAUUAUUUGCAUUCGCAGGCAAACCGAGCAAACGAGCAAAUGCUUUGUUUCCAGCUAAAGAAGGGAAUUAGCGCUUUGGACAAAACAAAACAAGCACGACCCCUUAAACAACUGUUUACAUUCCUUCCCAUUGUGUACAUACACCAGAGACUAAGCCAUCCCGGGCAAUGUUUUGUUUUACGAACUGAUUACGCACUGAUUAUGAAUGUUACGCUCUACUCUCUACACAUACAAAUAGCAAAGAAUACAGGUCGAUGAUGGAAGAAGUGUGUGAGUUUGUGUUUAGAAGCCAUGCGUUUAAGUUACUGAUACAUUUCGAUGUUUCAUUGUUUUCUUUGGCGGACCCGAUUUAUGCUUCUCCUUUUAAUGUGUAAAAAAUUGGAUAAAACCACGAAGAGAAGAGACGCGAAACAGCAGCUAAGCGCUAAGAAGAAUCGUGUGGACGGUGUUUGAAAGUAAAAUAUGGCCAUUAUUAGCAAAAAUAUGUCUCAGCGUAAUGCAACCACUAAAAAGGAAGAACGGUACGGCAGAAGUUAUACGCUCGUCAAGCGACACGCAUACACUUAGGUAAAGCCAAAUUUUUCUAGUGCUUUGAGCGAACAGCGCGAAGCGAACCGGGCAAAGCAAAAACAUCGCGGUUUACAUCGCAUACGUUUCCCAUUUUCAUCCAACUUAAAUGUAAAAAACAAAACAAACAAACAAAAAAACAAAUCGCAAAAUAAACAAACCACAAACACACACGAAA